CUCUCCUUUGGUUAACCACAAGAUGGAGAAACUUAUUAAAAUUCUCAUUAGGCUAAUGGAAGCACAUAAUAAGAAGAGCAACCCACAUUAUCAGUCAAAGUCUAAACAGAGUGGACAUAAUGGUUGCCUGGUGCCCAGACUGCCUGUUUUUAAAAUGUAAUACUGCUUGAUGAUUGAUCCGUUCAGGGAAGUGAACAACUUGAUGGAGCCUGAAGCAGUGCGGUCACCGACUGCACCAGCACACUUUCUGAGAUUCUGCUGGAAGAAAGUAAAGGUUAUUCCAGAAAACACCUCUUCAUGCCAGGCCUGAGACAUCUUCAGAUCAUCAAGUUGGUUGCAAGUGAUCCAUCCCAUCAGAUGAAGAGCCUUCAGUUCCGGAGCAUUGCUCCCAAGGCCGCAGCUGUGGUGCCGUCACCCUCCCCUUUGACCCCAACCUGCCAGCCUCUGUCAGCUCUACCUGAGGCGACUACUGCUUCUAGCCCCAAGUCCAUCCUCGUACCCACACAAAACUAUGCACUGAUGCAAAUAGCAGGCCAAGAUGGAACGUUCUCCCUGGUUGCACUCCCACCUUCUGUCUCCUCUCAGACACCACAGCAACAAACCCAAUCAAUCCAGAAAAACCUCAAGUUACCCAUACCCAGAUACCCAUCGGCGAGAAGCAAGAGGAGCUCAGAAAAGGUCAAAUCACCGAUUGCUGUAAGUACAAAAGCAGCUUUCAACGUUCCUGUACUGCCUCAGACCAAGUCAGUGGGGAGUGGAACAUCUGCAGUGUCAAAGCUAAAGCUAGAAGAGACUAAGCACACAAGGGAAACCACAAAAGAAUCUUUAGAAAAGGUAUUUCUGAUUGACCCAGCCUCUUCUGACAUCUCUGUCACUGCCAUAUUACCAGAGAAGGCUCUCCUCUGUCCUGGUUCUAAGUUGGAGCAAACGUCAGAUGGCAAUGAGCGACCUGCUUCAGCAAGCCUUGUUCAGAACCUCCACUACCCUUCUGCAGCAUCCUCAAACUCUACAAGCAACCCCCCUGAGGAAACUAAGACCACAGUGGGGCUAUGCCAGACUAAAUCGACUGCUGCUCAGCCUCAGGGCAGUAUCACUGUCCUGUCACCAGCCAUCUUCAGUAAAGCAGUUCAGAUUAUUCCUUCACCACCCAAGGGUAAGCUACCCAUUCUGCCUUAUGCUAAGAUGAAGAGCUCUCUGAUACCAGCUACAAAGCUCAGCAGUUUGUCCCCAGAGAGAAAAGGCUUCUGUGGACAGGCAGGAGUCUUCACUUCUGGAGAUACUACGUCCAAGAACAUGGAGAAUGCUGAAGUCUUGAGGCAAAACCAGGUGCUGAACUCCAAACCCUCACUGGUUCCUGUUACUCUUCAGAAGCCACCUGGAAAGAAGAGAGGAAGAAAGAGAAAAACAAUGGAAGACAUCUUGGCUUUUGAAGCCAGAAAGAAGAGGUCUUUGUCUUUCUUUCGCAGAAGGGUCCCUGAAAAACCUCCAGCAGUAAUUCCAGGCUUCAAACAAAAAGAAGUUGAUAUUUCCAAGAAGUACCGAACUAUCCGACCCAAGCCCAUGUUGGUUAUGGAGACGGUUCCACAACUGGUGAGUUUGCCUACGGUAACAUCAGAUGGCCAAGAACAGGAGCUCUUGCUUGGUCAUCAACUAUCCACGUCUGCCACAACCAAGGCUCUGGACUGUUCCCCCCAAACGGCUCCGGUGACCCUUCACCUGAGAGCCGGUUCCAAUCCAAAAGUGUUCAUUGGCAGCCGCCCGCUCCACCGCUGCUCAAUCUGUAACCGCUGUUUCCAGUUCAAGCACCACCUCCAGAACCACAUGAACACUCACACAAAUAGUCGGCCCUACAUCUGCCCCCUAUGCCGCAAAGCAUACGCUCACAGAGGCAGUCUGAGCACUCACAUGAAGCUUCAUCACUCUGAAGUACGGCCGCGCCGAUCUCUGUGUUGUGAGUUCUGCGACAAGGUCUUUGGAUAUGUGGGAGUUUACUUCCGUCACCUGAGGGAGGUCCACAGGGUUGUGCUGACCGUGGAGCCCUCAAUCAGUCGUCAUGAGGAUGACGUGUCUUUGGAGGGAACUGUCUCUCCGGAGCCGUCGGAUGAACAAGAUCGGGAAGACCCUGUAGAGCUGCAGAUCAAAUGCGGCCGGUGUCAAGCUACCACUCCCACCUUUGCAGACAUGAAGAUGCAUUUGCUGUACGUACAUGAGGAGGAAGUCCACAUUCGUGCCCAUGACGGUGUGGCCCAAUGUGUCGGCCGCGAGGUCGAGAACGAGCUGGUAAAGCACGCCGCUCACUACUGGCGCCAGCUGAACGAGAAGCGCAACCUGGUGAAGUGCGGCAGCUGCGACGAGGAAUUCUUUUCCUUCUCCAAACUUAAGAAGCACAUCAUGUCCCACCACCGUGUCGGGGACGGGGAGGGCGACGAAACAAGAUCGACUUCUCCUGAGAACGGCAUUGACUUGGGGGUUCUGGCAGCAGGGGCGGCCUUUAACUGUGUGCUUUGCAGUAAGGUGCUAGACACUAAGGAGUUGAUUAUGGAGCACUGGAGAAGUCACCAUCACUGUGAGCAGCCGGUCCUGCUGUGGGACGCCCUGAGCUCCUACUCUGGACAAGAAGAGGGGGAGGUGGACGGAGACUUAGACACUCCUUCUCCUAGCCCUCAUUAAGCGGCUGAGCGGGCGAGGCCCAUACCGUAGCUCCUCCUCAUACUCACUCAGUCCUAUCAGCAGCACAGGGAGGGAGAGUUUCUCUUAGGUCUUUUGAACUCUAGUUUGGUAUUUCACAAGGUUAGACAAGGCAUAAGAAAUGAAAGGGUCUGAUGUUACAAAUCGUAAGAGAUUCUCUCACCAAUUCACUUAUAGAAACAUGAUCAUUUUUAUAUUUCUGAUUGCACUGUUCUGUUCUAUGAGUUUGGAGGUAUUUAAGAUCCUGUUUAAAAUAUUUUUUCUAUGUUUUAUUUAAAUGUUAUUGUGGCUAAUAUUUAAUCCAACUGACACAACUGUUAACUAAGGGUCUUUUCACCCUUUAACUAAUCUAACCAUGCAGAUCAUUGGUUCAUGUUGUGCUGGAGUUCUCCUCAUUUUGUUUUGUCACCCGACAUCUGCUGAGUGGUGAGUAGAGGAAAACUGGCUGCAUCUUUUGUUAGCUUUCCUAGCAUCCUGACCCAUCGUCAAGUCAUAUUUUUCAUAAAUGAUGUCUCUUGGAAAAGCUUUGAGCACAACCAACACAGUAUGUUUAAAAAGUCUGCAUGGUUAGAUAAAACUUGGAGCAAGUGACGAGGUAAAGAUCACAUGACUGUAGGACAUCGUCUACUUAUUUUGUUGGCUGACAGUUUUCUCCAUUGGCUUUUGGUCAUCAAAGAUGCAAAGAAAUGAGUGUUUGUACAAUCCUCUGAUGUAACAUUUUUCACGGAGUCGAAAAACGAGAUCUGCCAUCGAGCUCUGUGUUUUGAAUGGUCCCGUUUCUAUUAAGAUCCAUGAAGGAAAGAUUUUUUGUAACCAGCACCAAGUGACAUCCUCGUGGCCUUUAGAGAAACAUCGAAAAGAAAAGCAGAAAGUGUUAAUGAGGCUAAUCGUUACUAUGACUCCCUUUAGGCCUGUUUCAGUCGAUUAAUGCCUGUGUGUGUGUGUGUGUGUGUGUGUGUGUGUGUGUGUGUGUGUAUUCUGUGAUAUGCCAGGGUCUAUUCAAAAUAGUGAUUGUAGAAGUGAGUACUGUUCGCUGAUUUUAGUAAAUACGCAAUGGAUUGCCUAGCUGUUGUUGCCAGCUCUUGUAUGCACCUGUGGAGUUUUGUGCACCCAGACUGAGUAGAGUUAAUAGAAACUGUCGUUAAAUCCAGAAAAAUAUGCUAUUUUGUACUUUAGAUUACUACAGAGAAUAUUUAUGCUUGUGGUUGGUGAUUACAGAACCAGCACUGAAACAUUUUUGAUUUGUUUGCCGCAUUAUAUUUUGGGGAAGAGGUGCUUUUUUUGUUUUUGUUUUUUUUUUUCUUCCCCAAGGCUUAGCUUGGAUUUAAUGAAGUGAGUCUUCGGAAGUUGCUUCCCCCACCUACAACAGGAGGAUGUGGAAUGGAAAUGGAAAAGUGAAGGGGCUGUAGAAAAUAUUGAGUAAAAACACCACAGAUUCAUGGUGUCAAAAUGUGAAACAAUAUUUAACAUGAUCCAAUUGCUUUUUUGUAAAACAAAGAAGCACUAUUUAUUCCUUCUGCUGGUGUAGACUUAAAAAGAAUAUUAGUAGGGCUAGAAAAAUUGUUUUAGGAGUGCUCCAAUUGCAGCUUCCUGGCUAUUGACCAAUCUUAAAAUCUUGUUUGUGAAAAGUUGCUAAAUCCAGCCAUAAAGUGGUUCAUUGGCAAUAGUGGGCUGAGUAUUGUUAGCAAUGCACAUGCAGGCGUAACCUGGCAGAGCAAAAAAGGGUCAGCGGCUGAUUUUCAGACCUUCCCGGAGGUAAUUAAGAUCAGUGAGUAAGAUUGGUUCGUCAAUCUCCCAAAAUUAAGAAAAAUCUGGGACUAAUUAUCGAUGUGUCUCUAGUUAUUUGUGACUUUGAAUCUAUGAAUCAAGCCCCAAUGUUGAAUAAACGCUGUUAUUUUAUUUUUGGUUUUCAAAUUCUUGUUGAGCAGAAGGUCACCCUUUUUGUUGUUCUCUCUAAGUGAAGUUAAGAGUUGAUAUUAACUGUUUAAAUUUGUUGCGGCAGGCUGUUUUAAAGACGCUGCUCGGAGCUGACAAACUGUACUUUUGAACCUGGACCUUCGGUUUCAUGAGCAGACGUAUUGCCAAAUGACUAAAUUUAUCUUUUUUAUAAGCAAGGGAUGAGUAAUCCACAACACGUGAGAGAGGGAGUUCUGAAACUUUGUAGAAGCAUCGGUAAACCUUAAUCCCAAAAACUAAUUCAUAGCUAAGUAUUUGAAGGUUAUCAGCUAAUCUGGCUUGUGUCCCACAGACAUAAAUAUUUUUGCUACUGCAUCUGACUGUUAUAGAUAGGGUAUCUAUUACUGCCAACUUCAUAAAAUCUCACUUCAAAAAACCCAAACUAUCCCUUUAAUGUCCUGUUUCAUGGUUGGGUUGGCAUUAUUGCAUAAUAUGUAGCUCUGUUACCAUAUGUCUGUGUUUAUGUUUCAUAUAAAAAAAAAUAGUUCACAGGGUCAAGUGAAUGUACCUGAAUGUUUAAAAAAAAUUACCAAAAGUAAAUAUAUAUUAAAAUAUAUGCUAUAUAUGUAUAUAUACAUUAUUCUAUGGAUAGAAUACCUUGAUAUAUAUUGAAAAGAAAAUAUCUAUAUUUACAGAGUCACUAGUGAAUCAGCUGCUUUGUUCUGUCCACAUGGAAGAGUGCAGGUGCAGAUAUCAUUACGUCAAAAGCCAUGCAGAGCGGUCUUUGUGUCUGGGCCAAGGCCAAAGCACCGAUGGGUUUCGGCUACAGUAAGCUCCACCGUAGGGGUCAUCGGUGAGUUGUCCUUUAUUUUUUAUUUUUCUCAAGCCCUUAAACAUCAGGCAGGAAGUGACAGAGUUCAGGGUCAGUCUCUUCGUUCCUCAGCAGCAGGAGGAACACGCGCCACUGUCGGCACGCGCUUGGAAAUGGCAAAACUUACGUUUUAUUCACUUUAACACGCUGAUGGUCACCCGGGUAAAUAAAAAACAAACUUAACAAAGGAAGGAAAAAAGACUGAAAAUGUUUUGUGCUUGUGACUGUUUGUGUACCUGAAGAACCUGAUGUGAGAAUAAAGUUGUUCGUUGAUGA